UGCCGCCGCUUGGGGGUCGAGCGGCACGGGCGGCGGCCGAUCCAGGGCGGCGGACGGCGGCCCGGCCCGGGGCCGCGUCCCGAGCGUCCGCCCUCGCCGCUGCAGCCUCGGCGCCCGGUCGGCGGGCCAUGGAAGCCCAGCGCCGCCUGGCGCCUGGCCGGGGCUGCGGGCACCCUCCUCCCAGCGCCGCCGGUCCGGAACCCGUGGCCGCGCCCGUGUCGGUGCCCGCGCCGCCGCAGGGCCCUGCUGUGGGCGGCGGCUUGGCGGGCUUCGAGUUCGCGCCUCCGCAGGAGCCAGAGCCGCGGGCUCCGGGGACGGGGGCGGGGGCGGCAGCGGGACCCCCGACGCCUUCAGCGCACAUCCCGGUGCCAGCGCUCAGAGCCCCCCAAGGAAAAGUCCAGCUGGAUGAGGUCAUGGCUGCCGCAGCCCUCACAAGCCUGUCCACCAGCCCCCUCCUGCUGAGGCCCCCGGCUGCAGCCUUAAGCACAGACGCCUGCUUGGAGCCCUGGCCCCAGACCCUGGGGCAGCCACCAGGCAGUUACAGCAGCAGCAGCAGUGGGGACUGGGGCUGGGACCCAGCCAGCGAGCAGUCCUGUCCAUCCUCCCCAUCACCCCCACUGCCCCCAGAGGCAGCCUUCCUGUUUGGGGAGCCUGCCCCUCAGAAGAGGAAGAGCUCAGGGCAGGUCCUGUUCCAGUGCCUGUGGAAGCGCUGUGGGAAGGUGCUGAGCACAGCCUCCGGGAUGCAGAGACACAUCCGCCUGGCGCACCUGGGCAGGCGGCAGGCAGAGCCGGAGCAGAGUGAUGGCGAGGAGGACUUUUACUACACGGAGCUGGGCAUUGGUCUGGAGGUGCUGACCGAUGGGCUGUCCAGCCUGAACCCAAUGUCCCCCACGGCCUCCCUGCUGCCCACCUGCCCUCACCUGGAGCUGCCAGAGCCCCCAGCCUUGCCCAGCCUGCUGCACCCGUUGGCCUUGCCCCCACCCCAGGUGCUGAGUCCUGCAGCGCCCCCCCAGGUGUGCCACAAUGACCACUCCUACCAGGGCUGCCUGGCAUCUACCGAGCUGCAGCCACAGCCCAGCACAGUCAGGGUCUGCGUGCCAGCCGUGCCCUCUAAGCUUAGUGCCAGUCUGAGGAAGCCCCGAGGUGACGCCAAGAAGUGCCGGAAGGUGUACGGCACGGAGCGCCGGGACCUGUGGUGCACGGCCUGCCGCUGGAAGAAGGCCUGCCAGCGCUUUCUGGACUGAGGGGCUCGGCCACUGGGCUCACCACCAGGUUGCAGCCCCUGGGACUAUGGUGCAUGGCUGAGCCCUGCACCCGCCCACCAGGGUUCUUACAGGAAAACACACACUGCACCCCACCCCUGCCCGGGGCCUCUCUAGCCACAGGGU